AGAUGAUAGCUAAUCACGUGUUCACAUAACUUUCUUGUUAUGGUUGUACGAAUUUAUGAGUAACAUGGCGACUCUGUCCCCUGUGUGUGGUAUAUGUGACCUUCGACAUAUCUCUAAACCAUCAGUAGUUUGGUGUCCAGAAUGCGACGAGGGCCUAUGUGAGGAUUGUAAAGAACAUCAUACACUGUCUAAAUCAUCGCGAAAUCACAGCGUUAUAGCCGCGUCGGCCUACCAAAAGUUGCCAUUUGAUAUCUUAAAAACCACACUAAUAUGCAGUGAACAUAAUGAGCAAUACCAAAUGUACUGUAAAAAGCAUGCGUCUCCCUGUUGCAGAAGAUGCAUAUCUGAAAACCACAAUAGCUGCAUAGAAAUAUGUCCACUCGAGGAUGUCAUACACAAUGUAAAAACAUCAAGCGCAUUUCAGGAAAUCGAACAGACCUUAAAAGAAGUUGCUGAAAACUAUGAACGAAUCAUGCAGAAUAGAAAAGAAAAUUUGAAAUCCCUCAAAAAUCUUAAAGAUAAAAUUCAGAUUGAAAUACUGCAGGUUAGAUUGAAAAUAAACUCCCAUCUCGAUAUAAUACAAGACAAUCUAAUAAAAAAACUAAAUGAAACUGAGGAAAGAGAAUGUAAGAAGAUACGUAAUUUGCUGAAACCACUUGAAAAAAAGGAACAGGAAGUAAAAAAAAUCCAGUCUGAUAUUGCCAAUAUCAAACAGUAUGCUUCAGACUUUCAGUCAUUCCUUGCUAUGAAACAUAUCGAUAUAAUUGCUACCGAAAGUUUUAAAUCCAUACAAGAACUACUCUCCAGCGACAAUCUUGAAGAAACGUAUCUGUCUCUUAAUCUGGAUACAGGCUUAGAGAAGUUCUCGGUCAAUUUUCAAACAUUUGGAGACAUUUGUGCAGAUUAUAAGCCUACUGCCAUCAAUAUUGUUCAAAGAAAGAAUGUACAAGCACAACUUGUGUCUUCUAAGUUGUACACCGGAUCGAUUGAUAAUAUAAACUUGAACUUAAACCAAACUAUAAUGGUAAGUCGUGGCAAUACAGGUUGUAUCUAUCUUGCGGAUGGCAGAUAUGCAAUAGCUAGUUCGGAAAGUGGACUCAGUAUUGUCAACAAAGACGGUUCAACAGAGUUCCAAAUCAAAUUAAACGGCAAUCUUUUUGAUGCUACACAUUAUCCAUUAGACAAUACAAUCGCUGUAUCAAGUGGCUUUGAGAACCAAUGUCAUAUAAAUUUCGUCUGCCUGGAAAAACGGAAAGUCAUGAAAAAAUUGUCAUUGGAUUUUCCAGUAGGUGGGAUAGUGUACAGAGAUGGUUAUUUCAUAUUAUGUGCAGGGAACAAGGGAAUACAAAUGAUGAAUAUUCGUGAUAAAUCCGUGACAAAUUUAGUUUCUAGUAGCAUGAGUCGCAAUGCUUAUAUAACAUCUUUUGGUAACUACAUUUACUACACCGAUCUAGACAAAAGCUCUGUGACAUGUUGUGAUCUUCGGGGCAAACCAAGAUGGACCUUUAAAGAAGAGGGUGUCUUACCUGUACCAUUGGGUAUCACUGUAGACAAUGAAGGAAACGUGUAUGUUGUCGACAACAGGUUGAGUAAAGUUGUUGUUAUUUCUCCUGAUGGGCAGAAAUAUCGACAGUUAUUGUCUGAAGAUGAUGGUAUUACCUUACCAUGGUGUAUAACCUACGAAAGAACAACUGAUCGGUUGUUAGUUGUCAAUUGGAAGACCAAUGCUUACAUUUAUACAGUUACGAAAUAAACGUAUUAUUCAAAUACCAACACAUUUUACUUCCAUGUUUAAUAAAUCAUGUCUUGAUG